AUGGCUAAGAAGAUCUCAAAGAAACAAAGGAAGCAGAGGAAAUUAAUCAUUCAAGAUGAUUCAAUGAAUGAUGAAGUUGUACCUGAAUCUCCAUUGAACAAUGAUCAGGCGGGCAAUUCUUCACAUGUGAGGGAUUCUCCAGUUAAGUCGAAUAUCGAGGAGACUGGAAAUCCUGAUAGAAUUGUGAAAACUUCUAUAGUGGAUAUAACAAUCAAUCAAGGUGAACAACCAAGAUUUCGACUCCUGAACAGACAACUAUCAUACCACUCGAAGUUUCAACUAUCGAAUCAUUUCAUGAGGAGAUUCGAACUUCAAGCAUCACUGCAAACGUAUCUGAUAUGGAUGAAAAUAUCAACAAGGGUGAUGAAGUUUCGACAAAUGAAGCCUAAGUCUGACAUGAACAAUGAGUUAAGGGUCAAGGCUCAAUCUGAGACCUUUAAUGGAGAAUUGAAAGAUUUGAAAGAAGUUUCAAGGAAAAGACAUGUUCUCUUUGUUCAGGAUGUGAAGAAUGUUCUAGAGGAUGUCAAUCGAAAGAUUAAAGAAUUACACUCAAAUGUUGCAAAGGAGUUACAAGAAGUGAUCAAUAACUACUCUUCUGUUCUUGAGAAAGUAGAUAUCAUUGCUGAAGCUGUAACAAAAAUUGCUCAAUGUUACUAUUCCAUGCUUCCGAAGAUGGAUGCACAAGCUGAGUAUGAGUUGAAGCAGUGUGGGAAGAUUGAUUUAUUGUUGGUUGAGUUGAAAGCCAUGGUUUCGAAGUCUAGUUCUCCAUCACUAUUCACUCCUGAGUUUUUAACUUAG